CCGCUGCCAUUCUCUUUAGUGUUUGCCCUGUCCUCCCAAUGUCCACCUCCUCACCGCCCGCAUUUUGAUAUAAACUACUAUACACUCACGCUCCAAGCUGGCCAUUUAGCAGAACCGACCGACAUUAAAGCCACCGUGUCAUAUGGAGUGACCAAAAACUUAAAAAAAAAAAAGAGACGAGACAGCUGACAUUCAGAAGUCCACAAUCAUUCUCACACUUUAGAUUUCUUAUCUUGACUUCAGUCUACUAAGUUAGUGCAACAAAGAUGUCUCAGCUACAGUUUCAGUGCCCGGCUAGCUCGAUGCCCGUUGCCUCUGCCCCCCUGCAGCUGGGGCAGCCGCAGCCUGGCUACAGCAUCCCCUGUGCCACUGGUGCUCUUCCAUCAGAGAGUGCCAGUCAACCCCUCAGGAGCUCAGCUCUCCCAGCGGGCUCAGCCACUCCUUAUAAUACCCCCACAGUAUCUAACAUGGCAAACCCUAAAGAGAAGACCCCCAUGUGUUUGGUAAAUGAGUUAGCCCGUUUUAACAAGAUCCAGCCUGAAUAUAAGCUGCUUUCUGAGCAAGGACCAGCUCACUCCAAGAUUUUCUCAGUGAGGCUCACAUUGGGAGAUCAGUAUUGGGAGGCAGAGGGGACCAGUAUCAAGAAAGCACAGCAUUCUGCGGCUGCUUCUGCCCUCGCUGAGACCACGCUUCCCAAGCCCACUGCGAGGAUGCCCCGCAACACAGGCAAGAACCCAGCAGCAGAUGGAAUUACACAUACCACAGAGUUAAAUGCACUUUGUAUGAAGCUUGGUAAAAAGCCAAUGUAUAAACCUAUUGACCCAUACCCGAUGAUAAGACCACCAAAUUUCAACUACAAUGUUCGGGCUCCAGGGCCUUACCAGCGCUCUAUGCAACAGUACUACUAUCCAUUUCCUCCAGUGGGACCAAUGAUAUACCACAUGGAGCUCUCUGUUGGAGGUCAGCAAUUUAUGGGGAAGGGGCGCACACGACAAUUAGCCAAACAUGACGCUGCUUCCAAGGCCUUGAAGACACUGCAGAAGGAACCGAUGCUUCAACCGUUACCAGUGAUGAAUGGAGAGCCCGAGGAGGAGAACCUGAACAAAUCAGAAAUCAGUCAAGUGUUUGAAAUUGCACUGAAACGGAACUUGCCAGUCAACUUUGAGGUUUUAAAGGAAGAAGGUCCUCCACACAUGAAGAGUUUUGUAGUCCGUGUUACUGUUGGGGAGUUCAGAGGAGAGGGUGAGGGAAAGAGUAAAAAAAUUGCCAAGAAGCUAGCGGCAGCUGCUGUGCUGGGAGAGUUGAAGAGGUUGCCCCAUAUACCCAUUGUGGAAAAGACACUGCCACGCAUCAAAAAGAAAACCAAAUCUAUCAUCAAGCUGCAGACCAGCCCAGAGUAUGGCCAGGGAAUGAAUCCCAUCAGCCGCCUGGCUCAGAUCCAGCAAGCUAAAAAGGAGAAGGAGCCAGAGUACAGCAUGGUGACAGAAAGAGGUCUACCACGGCGCAGGGAGUUUGUCAUGCAGGUGACAGUAUGUGGUCAGUCUGCAGAGGGAAUGGGACCAAGUAAAAAGGUAGCCAAGAGGAACGCAGCUGAGAAAAUGUUGGAACUUUUGGGAUAUAAAGUGCCUCAGCCUCAGCCCCCAAAACCGGCACUCAAAACUGAUGAAAAGACACCUGUGAAAAAACCUGGUGAUGGGCGCAAAGUGACCUUCUAUGAACCUGGCUCUGUAGAGGAGGUGGCAUUGGUUUCCAAGGAGGAGGACUAUCGCCUGCCUUACCUGAGCCACCAGCAGUUGCCUGCAGGUAUCCUGCCCAUGGUACCUGAAGUGGCUCAAGCAGUCGGAGCCUGCCAGGGACCCCAUGCCAAGGACUACAGUCGAACCAUGCCCAACCCAGGCAAGGCCACAAUUACUGCCAUCAUUGCCAACGAGCUGCUUUAUGCAGGGAGAUCCUUGACUGCUGAGACUAUCUUAAAGAACAAAAACAACCUGAACAAGCUGCCCCACGGACCCCUCACCAGGCCCUCAGAACAGCUUAGCUAUCUUGCAUCAGUGCAGAGUCUGCAGGUGGAAUACAAGGAUUUCCCCAAAAACAAUAAGAAUGAAUUUGUGUCACUAAUUAACUGCUCCUCCCUGCCACCGCUCAUCAGUCAUGGAAUUGGAAAAGAUGUAGAAUCCUGUCAUGAUAUGGCUGCACUGAACAUACUGAAGAUGCUUUCUGAGUUGGACCAGCAGUUAAAUGAAAGGACAGGAAACGGACCAGCCUCUGGGUGUGGUAAACAGGAAAUGGAAGGUGACUCUCACCACAAACAGGCUAACUCAAGCACAUUGCAACAGACGCUGGAUGGCACAGCUUAGAUCAGGAUUGGUUGUCUGUAAAAGCACUAGAGAAAACUCAAAACACUGUGUUCUUAGUUAGUUUUAGAAGACUACAAGAAGUUCUGGCCUGUAGGCUCUAAACCGUCACUGUUCAUAUUCAUUGUUACAGAAUGUUCACAGUUAAACAAGAUUGAUAGGAAAAAAAAAAGUUUCUUCUCCUUGAUGUUGUUUAAUUGUUCACAUUAUUUAUUUUUAGUUUUGCUUUGUAGAAAAGGUAGCUGCAUCCUAGUCAAUAAGUUUGGGGGGUGUACCUGGUUAAAGAAUAUUACGUGAUUAACUGUGAACUCUUUUCUGUUUGGAGUAGAUCUUGUGAGACCUCCUAAGUCAUGUUUUUUUGUUAUUUUUCUCCACGAAGAAAAGUUUUCCUUAAGACAUUGGGCCUCGUCAUUGUCUAGGGUGCAGCUGUUGAACAUCUGUUGAUUUUCCUAGAGUGCUUUAACAACCAAGCAGAAUUUUUCACUAAAUGUAGCGUGUGUUGUAAUGUGAUGUCGUCUCUGCUGUGUGUGGCAGGGACAUUUCCCUGACAAUCCCUUUUCCUUCCCCUCUCCAUCUUCCCUUUCCUUUGCAUUUCCAAUAUUAAUUAAACUCUUGUGCUCACAUGCACAAAACCAA